AAGAUGUAAAAUACUUGGUUUUAAACGAAAUAAACUUGGUCUAGUUUGCCCGGAUUUGUCCGAAACGAAUACAUUUUCAUUCUUGUUUUGUUUGAAGAAUUAACUACGCCGAACUAAGAAAAAUUGGCAAUGAUGUAGAGUUUAUGAAAAACACACAAAUGCUUUUUUAAGAAGUGCCAUUUAAUUUGGUGAUAAAUCCAACUAUUAAAAUUAAGUAUAUGGGUCUUUUCUCGAAUAAUCGAGCAGUUUUUGGAUUAGUACACAUAUUAUGGUUGACGUUGUUGAGGAUAUUGUCUCCGAACUGACCUGGAUCAUAUUAAACACACGUGAGUUAAUUUAUUUAAAUAUACUCUGAAUUACUAACUUUGCUGAUAUAAUAAUGAUUGAACUGUGAUCAAUUAAAGUAACAUCACAAUCAUUUAUCAUAAAAGUCGAUAUUAUUUAAUACUAUUCAACUCUAGUAUUACUCAGUUUAGCUUUUCUUAAACCAUGUAAGCUAAAUAAUGGUUUUGGUUUUUAAAUAAAAUAAACACAUUUUUAUGCUUCCGAACUGGCAAAAGUGAUUUUCCUUUCAUUAAUUUUUCGUACUGCAUGAUUUCAUCCCGGCCAUUUCACUAAAGUUAUACAUCAAAGAACAUAUGAAUAGUAGGGCGCAAUAUUGCUUUAAAGUAAAAUAUUACGAUAACUAAUGACGUGGGCCUCAAUACGUAAAGCAGAUUCUCUUUAGUGGGCGAACUUACAAUUUCACUCAUGUUUUAUAACGAAGAGCAUGUCUUAAGUUGUUAUGUUAUUAUCUUAAGACACAACCGAACAUAUGCAUGGCUACAUUUACUGCGAUUAUAUUUUUCGUUUUUCUUUAAGCACAUUGAGUUCUACACUUAGGUCUUGAUCAAUUGAUACUUAAAAUAAACAUAAAGAUAAAGGAUAAGCGCUUUUCGAGAAGCUCGUCAAGACUUCCCUUGUAAGAACUGUACUAUAAUCAGGGAAAGCCAAUUAAAAUAAGGUGGACACGUGUGUAUGAGUACGUGCUAUGUUUUUUUUUGCACAUAUCCAUAAUAUUUAGAAUUCCAAGUGCUUAAUAUAAUUGCAAAGUAAUAGUUACUUAAGAUUUAUGGUCUAUCGUAAAUAUCGGCAUUCGGCACUAAAUCCAAACCGUAAAACAAAUAUGUGAAUAUGCGUACUGUGCUAUUUAGUAAAUUCCCAUGCAACGCACCAAUGGGGGUAUUGAUUUGAUGCUAUAGGCGUUAAUUCCGCUUUUUAAGUAUUUUCUUUUUUAUCCUGAAGAAAGACCUGGCAUAUUCAUACGAAAGGAUAUAAAUGUCUUUGAAAUCACAACUUCAUGACUUGUAAAGGCGUUUAGUCAUUUUUUUUGUCUUUUUGAGAGCAACUGGGUGCUGACCCCUGCCCAUCGCUUCGUUAUCUCCCCCCAUAGACCCUGGAAAGCGAAGUCCAAGUCUGGGGUGAAUUUCAGGUCACUGCGUCUAACAGAUAUGAAAAUGGCCUCCUGAAGGACACGCCUUGUUGUUUAACAAAGACUGUCAAUGUCCAAGAUUAAUAAGACAAAAUGGGAAUGGUGUCACUUUUCGGUCAGUAUUAAGUUAGAGACGAUCUGCUUGUUUAAGGGGAUACAGAACCCAAUUUUUGAUUUUCCUGAGGCUUGCCGGUGGUCACAGUGCUCGCUUUGCGUGAGCAGCGCUGCCCAUCUUCCGUAGCCGCGUGUUUGACAGUCGAAUGGAAGACAGUCGAAUGGGAGCAGGUCGCGAAAGGGAUGGAGCGGACACCCUGUAUCACGUAAGGGAACUUGGAAAAUCGAGAUUUCAUAACUCAUUUAAUGUUCUUAAUGAGACUGCCCUAAAACACUGCUGUUACCUUUGGGUUAGUGCAGUCAGAGAGUAACAUACGUGAUAUACAGUGGCGAUUGCUGAAAGUUCUACGUAUAGGAUUUUCAGAGACUGUAGCCUUCAGUCUGCUCUGUCUUAAAAUUGUCGUAAAUCAUACAGAAAAGCAAAAAAUAUAUACCUCGACUUUAGUUUGCAAGCUUCCAACCACUAUAUCCAAAACAGGUUAUCUCGUCGGGUUCAUUACUGGAUGGAACAAAGAUUAACGAAACCAAUCCAUACUAGACAUCAUAAACAUCUGUAUAAGGGAGGGUUUGUUAUAUAGGAUGAAUUCCCGGGACAAAAAUAUGAUUUAAUUUAACAUAUCACUUUCUUGAAUUGUAGUAUGGGCGAAGGUGCGUUCAUUCUCAUAUAUGUUUCACGAUUUGAAUUUGCUCAAAGGGCUCUAAUAAGAGUUGUGAGUCACACCACUUGAAUUCAAGUAAACGACCUUAACCUUACAUUUUUUCAAAAACCUUACAAAACGUUUAUUUCUCUCUGUUUUUUUUCCUGUCGUGUACCAGAAACAGUAACCUUGAUUUUACUUUUAGUUUUUCAUUCCUAAAGUAGGCUAAACCUUUCUUAUUCCUGUUAUCUUGUUCUACCCAACGGAACACACGUAGAUUUCAGAAAUUGGUUAAUUGAAGAAUAUAUACAUGAAAUUGCUGUCAACAGGCAAACUCAGGAUGUAUUAAACGGUCACUGGGCGGUUUUACGUAAGAAAACUAACUCUGCUACAUAAAUUCACAAUAUAUAUAACAUUAAUUGAUAGGAAAUCAUUUUAUACGUGCAUAAUGUAGUUAUACAUUGAGUGCCUUUAAAACAAUUGUCAUGGAAUUUCCAUUGAUUUAUUUAUGUCACGGCAAUAUUACAGGUUCGUGGCGUAAGGAUGUCGGCUUCGUCUAAUUUAAAGUCACCUUUGUUAACACUGAAAAAGCUGUUUAUCAAUUUCGUGUAUAGCUACUAGAUGCUAUAUUGCUUCAAAUAAAGCAUUCAUAUUAUUUAAUUAUUGGAUUUGACCAAAAUGAGAAAUUAAAUGGUUUGUUGUUUAUUUCUGAUACUACGUGACAUUGUUUGCAGUUAUGUUACAAUGCAUAUCAACGCAACAGUGAUUUGCAAGCAAAGAGAACAUCAAAACGUAAUACAGCACAAAACAUACUGAGAACAUCUUUCAUCAUUGUAUUUGCCUUAAAUUUUGGUAUAAUUAGUAACAUGGAAAGGUGGACUGUCUAGUCUUUUCGUUGUGUUCAUAGCUAAUUUCUAUUGGUGUCUCUUUACGCGAUGCCCACUGGAGAUUCAGUGAUUGGUGGAUUGUCUCACGUGAUCUUCCAACUUUGUACAUUUGACAGGAGUAGGAGGGUUUUUUGUUGAGAUCAGAAAAACGAAAGCACGAUAAAAAUUAGCAAUAUUGCACUUCACAAAUUAAUGACCAUGAGUUCAUAUUUGAUAAACUCAAACUACAUGGAACCAUCUUUUCCUCCAUGCGAGGAAUAUCAGCAGAAUGGAUACCUUCCUGCCCCUUCUGAGUACUACGAACGACCGAAAGAUCCAGGCUUCUCUAAUCACGAUGAGGCAACCUACCAGCGGUCAAACUACACGGAAUCAAACUACGACUUCAAUGCCACUUCGACUGGACUGGACGGCUUUGCCGAAGGAGGUCAUGUUCAGACCCAGUCCGGUCGUCAGAAUUCGGAUCCCCUGCGGAUUCCGAGCAGUGAAGGUGUCGUAGCCAUUACCAAGGAUUCUAGUCUCUCCAACGACACAUUUACGCACAUACAGAAGGCGAAAGAACCCGUGGUAUACCCUUGGAUGAAAAAGGUGCACGUUAACACCGUGAAUGCCAGUUUCACUGGGGAAGUACCCAAGAGGUCCCGCACCGCCUACACUCGACAGCAAGCUCUAGAGCUUGAGAAAGAAUUCCAUUUUAAUCGUUACUUAACUAGACGUCGACGUGUGGAAAUAGCACACACGAUGUGUCUGUCGGAACGGCAGGUAAAGAUCUGGUUUCAGAAUCGAAGGAUGAAGUGGAAGAAAGACCAUAAACUGCCAAAUACUAAGGUCCGUUCUGCCAGCUCGACGGCUGGACACCAACAAAUCAAAACACCCACUCGUCAACAGCAACAGCUUGUUCCAGCGCCCUGCACAGCAAGCUUAUAGUAACCGAAUGAGAGCGAACCUUUGACCAAACAGAUCGAGGAGGCGAACGCAGAAUUUGGACAUACAUUGAAGAAUGUGACAUUAAUUCUGAAGUGAUGACCACUUGCCUAUUCUCACUGCCCGUGUUUGAAUUAUUAAUAGCUAAGAGCGCGGGUUUGAACGUGUUUCGCAAAAUAUAUUUGAAAUCCCGAAAAGACUGAAAGGACGCAGAAGUCUCGAUCUAGUGUCUUGACCGUCAUUUUGUGUAGAUUGAGAUAUACUCUUGAAAAUAGAUAGCUUAACUGUUUUAAGGUUAAAUUUUCUGUCACGUCCAGGUGACUGACCUAUGUAAAUAGAAAGGACCCUCCCAGAUGUACAUUAUGUAUGUUUGGUGAAGAUAAUGGCUCUUUAGUGCUAUUGAAAACUCAUUUUGUGUGUUUAGGCCUAUUCGUAAGUGUACGUUUUGUGAAGCAGUGAUUUGAACUGUGUUCAUUACUGUGACGUUAUAUCAGUUUUUUGGAUAAUAAAAUAAGUGUUAUAGUCUAUGCAAGACACAAUAGAAGUUAAAUAAAAUAUGUUUAUAUGUCCAGACUUUCUGGCCUGAUGUGUUUUUUUCGUGUCCAGUUGACUCUAUCGCUGUUAUGCGUUUUGUAAUAUUGACGACUGGAUUCAACUAUUAACGCUCUGGUUUAAAAAUAAAACAGGUAAUUGAAAUAAGCUAUGCCAUGUAUGCUAACAUGCUGCGAUGUCCAGCAGAAGCUGACCACGUAAAGAUAGUAUGGAAAUAAUUUACUUUUCCGUAAGAACGGUGACAAGCUGCUUUCUACCUGACAGAUGUCUGGUUCUGUGUCUCGGUAUUAUUUAUUUGUUAUGUACGUGUAUGCAUGUAUGUAUGUAUGUAUUCAGUCUUUAUUGAUUGCAAGACAAUUGCUAAUAAAUAAACAUCAAGUGCAUUUUGAAUGAAAUAAAAAAAAAUGUUAAUUAACGUGGCAGCCAUCAACGCACAGAAUACGAUACAUAUAAAUAGCCUCACUGUUCAUGUAAGCCUGGUCAAGCAACAAUUUAUAUAUAGUUUGCCAUGAAGUAAUAUUAUUCAAUGUUUGGCAAUAAUAGUGUGUAUUCGCUUGUUUCUAGACUGUUUUACUUGCCACAUUUCAAUUUUAAUCCUUUAAAAAUACUAUUCACCUUGACUCUUGCCAAGGAUGACUGAUCAAUGGAUAUUGUCUAAACAAUAAAUAGUAAUAAAAUGGC